ACUCUCUCUCUCUCUGUGUCUGUCUGUCUGUAUAUUUACCGCUGAGCGCGACGGUCACUCGGCCUGACUGAGAAGCAGCGAGAGAAGAGGAGAAACAGCAUGACGGCCCUCUGGAUUCUGUCUGUGUCUGCGCUGAUGUGUCAGAUGUCCAUCACUGCGUCUCUGCACUGGAGGAAAGCUCUGUUCCCAUCAGCCUUCAGAGUGAAGCGAGGGACGCCAGCGCUGCUCAACCCCACGCUUCAGAAAUCAGCGGAGGACGCCAGCCUUCUGUACGAGGUGUUGUGGUCGGGAGGGUACAUGGAUGCAGCGGACGGGAUGCUCCACAUAUCCGAUCAGGAGCUGGCGUCCAUGAGGAAGCUAGAGCUUCUGGAGGUCCUGUGUGAGGACGUGCUUCCCAGAAGCCUCUCGGAGAUCCAGCGGCUCAGUGCUCAGCUGGAGCUGCGGCGUGGCUCGCUGCGCAUGGACGACUUUGAGCGCACCGUCCUCACGAUGGUGUUCACCGCUCAACAACUCCCACAAACCAGCCCCGGCCACCAGAGAGAGCUGUGGGUGAAUGCACUCCUGCGACUCUAUAAAGCCAUUAAAGGAGACCUGCGGCCUGCAGAUGACUGACAGACAGACAGACAGACAGACAG